AUUGUCACACACUCACACACCAUUUUCAGCUCACCAAAUCAAAACUAAGCACGCCAAGUAACAUAACACAUCACCCACAUAUACAUUGCAUAUAUUACCACAGGCACCAAAAAUUGUACCCUUGAAACUAACCAUGCUCAUGCAUCUCAACAUUCCCUAUCAUACCAACACCAUGACCAAACCUAGCAGUACUAGUCUGAACCACACUUCCUCCCAGUCCCACAUGGCUGAAGCCACAGGAAACUUGUUUUCCUUCACCAUCUUCCUCUUUCAACACAUCCAAACCUUGGAGAUCAUCAUUGCAGCCAUGGUGUUCAUAGCAAUUCAUUCUUUGAGUUCAAAGAAGCAUCAUGGCCUACCCAUUUGGCCUUUCCUUGGAAUGCUACCUUCCUUGCUCACAGGACUAAGAACCAACAUGUAUGAGUUUCUCACAGAUAUUCUGAACCAUCAAAAUAGAACCUUUACAUUCAGAGGGCCUUGGUUCACAGACCUCAACUGCAUCAUUACCUCUGAUCCUCAAAACAUAGAGCAUCUUCUCAAGACAAAUUUCACUUUUUUCCCAAAAGGAAAAUACUUCAGGGACACAGUUUCUGAUCUUCUUGGAGAUGGGAUUUUUAGUGCUGAUGAUGAGACAUGGCAGAGGCAGAGGAAGACAGCAAGCAUUGAAUUCCACUCCUCAAAGUUCAGGAAACUAACAAAUGAGUCACUCUUUGAGCUUGUUCACAAGAGGCUCAUACCUGUGUUGGAAUCAUCUGUUCACAAAUCAAUUGCCAUAGAUCUCCAAGAUAUCUUGUUAAGGCUCACUUUUGAUAAUGUGUGCAUGAUAGCUUUUGGUAUCGAUCCUGGCUGUUCACAGCCACAUUUACCUGAUAUUCCAUUUGCCACAGCCUUUGAGGAUGCAACUGAAGCAACUGUGUUGAGAUUUGUAACCCCUGCAUGCCUUUGGAAGGCCAUGAGGUUUCUCAACUUGGGAAUGGAGAGAAAGCUAAAGAAAUCAAUACAGAAAGUUAAUGAGUUUGCUGAGAAUGUUAUCAGGACAAGAAAGAUGGAACUCUCUCUUUGCAAUUACAAUGAGCAAAAAUCAGAUUUGUUAACUGUGUUCAUGAGGCUCAAGGAUGAGAGUGGAAAACCAUAUUCAGACAAGUUCUUGAGGGAUAUAUGUGUGAAUUUCAUAUUAGCAGGAAGGGACACUUCUUCUGUUGCUUUGAGCUGGUUUUUCUGGUUGGUUGAUCAGAAUCCUGAAGUGGAGGAAAGAAUACUAGAAGAGAUUUACAGGGUGGUGAGCCAGAGGGAGGGAAUCAAGAAGGAAGAGUUGGGAAAUUCUUUGACAUUUAGACCAGAGGAGAUUAAAAAGAUGGAAUAUUUGCAUGCUGCUCUUUCAGAAGCUUUAAGAUUAUAUCCUUCUGUGCCUAUGGAUCACAAGGAGGUGGUGGAAGAUGACAUUUUCCCAGAUGGGACAGUCCUAAAGAAGGGAACAAAAGUGAUCUAUGCAAUUUAUGCAAUGGGAAGAAUGGAGAGCAUAUGGGGAAAGGACUGCAAGGAGUUCAUGCCAGAAAGAUGGUUAAGAGACGGGCGUUUCAUGAGUGAGUCUGCCUACAAAUUCGCUGCUUUCAAUGGCGGACCUCGCUUGUGCUUAGGCAAAGAUUUUGCAUACUACCAGAUGAAAUAUGCUGCAGCCAGCAUCAUCUUCCGCUACCGCGUGAAGGUGGUGGAGAACCACCCUGUGGUGCCAAAGCUUGCUUUGACUCUCUACAUGAAGCAUGGGUUGAGAGUUAACCUUCACAGGCGUCAUGAAGCAGAUCUUCAAAAAUACUUCAAGUUUAGUUAAAACUUAAAAAUGGAUUGAUUUGUAAUGGAAAUAGUGCUUUAAAAUGAAUUAUUAUUGUUUAUUAAUAGGUUAGUUAUGUUCAUUGCUUCAGAUGUUUGAAAGUAGAAAACAGUAUACGAUCAAGAUUGUGCUUAGUUCUAUGAAGUUUAAGCUGAAUAAUAAUAAUAAUAAUAAUAAUAAUAAUAAUUGAUAAUAAUGGAGUCUAUGUUGAUUGUGUAGUCACUGUAGUGGAUCUUUCAUAAUGGGAUUUGGUCUGAUAUGGGCGAACCAGGUUAACGUGUAAUUAGGCUAACCAAUAUUCUGUACUUAAUGGGCCGGGUCACCCAUGGUCUAUUCGGACUAAAACCCAAGCUAUAAAUAAAAAGGCACCACCCAAGCGG